AUGUCGUCAUUGGAUACAUUAGCAUCACAAACUCCGCAAGAAUUACGUGUUAAACUUAUGCAACAUUUCGGUAUUGCAAAGGAGUAUGAAAAAAAUCCUGGAAUGAUUUCUAUUACCUAUUAUUGUUUAAUGUACAUUGCAAACGAAGGACUUAAACUUCAAAAGGAUAAACAAUUUGUUUCAAACGUUCUUGAUUAUCUUGAAGCAACAAAACGAGCUAAUCCGAACGAUGAAAUUAUUAAAUCUAUGGCUACUGGUCAAGCAACUAUUGAAGAACUCAUAAGUGUUCUCGUUACUGAAACAAAUGAAGCUGAAUAUGAAGAAUCUAAAACUCCUGAACAAUUACGUUUACUUAUGAGAAAACAUUAUACGGUCGGUGGAUUAGCAGAUAUUCUCUCUGUAUUUGGAUCUGUCAAAGAUGAUUUUCUUACAUUAGGUAAAAUUGCUAAGAGUCGAGCAGUAGCAAUUUUUCGUGAAUUAAAAUCUGGUGCUAGUAAUAGUACUGCAGCAAAGAAGCCUCCCGAUAGUAAUACCGAUACUGGCGCGCAUGGAAUCUCAUCAGAAAUGUCAUCAUCGAGUUCGGCGAAAAAUUUUCAUAAUCAAACUGGGAGAAAUCAAGACAUUCCGUUUGAUGUCAUAGCGCAGGCACAAAAAUUAUUUCGUUAUGCUAACUCAGCGUUAGAACAUGAAGAUAUAUCAACAGCAAUGCAGAGUGGUGAAGAAGCCUUAGAAUUACUUCGACCAUAUAGACAUUAG